GGGAAGAGGGAAGCGCCUAGGCUGCCUGACUGGAAUGAGGGUAGCUACGACGACUGCGGCGGCGGGAGCGGGGCCGGCCAUGGCGGUGUGGACGCGGGCCACGAAAGCGGGGCUGGUGGAGCUGCUCCUGAGGGAGCGCUGGGUCCGGGUGGUGGCCGAGCUGAGCGGGGAGAGCCUAAGCCUGACGGGCGACGCCGCGGCGGCUGAGCCCGAGCCCACUUUGGGGCCGGCGGCGGCCGCCUUCAACGGCCUCCCGAACGGCGGCGGCGCCGGAGACUCGCUGCCCGGGAGCCCGAGCCGCGGCCUGGGUCCCCCGAGCCCGCCCGCGCCGCCCCGAGGCCCGGCGGGCGAGGCAGGCGCGUCCCCUCCUGUGCGCCGGGUGCGGGUGGUGAAGCAGGAGGCGGGCGGCCUGGGCAUCAGCAUCAAGGGCGGCCGCGAGAACCGGAUGCCGAUCCUCAUCUCCAAGAUCUUCCCGGGGCUGGCGGCCGACCAGAGCCGAGCGCUGCGGCUGGGUGACGCCAUCCUGUCGGUGAACGGCACCGACCUGCGCCAGGCCACCCACGACCAGGCCGUGCAGGCGCUGAAGCGCGCGGGCAAGGAGGUGCUGCUGGAGGUCAAGUUCAUCAGAGAAGUAACGCCAUAUAUCAAGAAGCCAUCAUUAGUAUCAGAUCUGCCAUGGGAAGGUGCAUCUCCCCAGUCACCAAGCUUUAGUGGCAGUGAGGACUCUGGUUCUCCAAAACACCAGAACAGCACCAAGGACAGGAAGGUCAUCCCUCUCAAAAUGUGCUUUGCUGCUAGAAACUUAAGCAUGCCGGAUCUGGAAAACAGAUUGAUAGAGCUACAUUCUCCUGAUAGCAGGAACACGUUGAUCCUGCGCUGCAAGGAUACAGCCACAGCACACUCCUGGUUCGUAGCUAUCCACACCAACAUAAUGGCUCUCCUCCCACAGGUGUUGGCUGAACUCAAUGCCAUGCUUGGUGCAACCAGUACAGCAGGAGGCAGCAAGGAGGUCAAGCACAUUGCCUGGCUAGCAGAACAGGCAAAACUAGAUGGUGGAAGACAACAAUGGAGACCUGUCCUCAUGGCUGUGACUGAAAAGGAUUUGCUGCUUUAUGACUGUAUGCCGUGGACAAGGGAUGCCUGGGCAUCACCAUGUCAUAGCUACCCUCUUGUUGCCACAAGGUUGGUUCAUUCUGGCUCCGGAUGUCGAUCACCCUCACUUGGGUCUGACCUUACCUUUGCUACCAGGACAGGCUCUCGGCAGGGCAUUGAGAUGCAUCUCUUCAGGGUAGAGACACAUCGAGAUCUGUCAACCUGGACCAGGAUACUUGUUCAAGGUUGCCAUGCUGCUGCUGAGCUGAUCAAAGAAGUCUCUCUAGGCUGCACGUUAAAUGGCCAAGAGGUAAGAUUCAAUGUCCAUUAUGAAAAUGGGUUCACUAUCUCCAGGGAAAAUGGAGGUUCCAGCAGCAUAUUGUAUCGCUACCCCUUUGAAAGGCUGAAAAUGUCUGCUGAUGAUGGCAUCAGAAAUCUGUAUCUGGAUUUUGGUGGUCCUGAGGGAGAACUGACCAUGGACCUGCACUCUUGUCCGAAGCCAAUUGUAUUUGUGUUGCACACGUUCCUGUCGGCCAAAGUCACUCGCAUGGGACUGCUUGUAUGAGCAGCAGAAUAUCAGAAAAGAGCCUUGAAUGUCACAAGAAGUGUUUCCACCUCAAAAAAAAAAAAAAAAGCACAAAAAGAAAGCUCUUUGCUCUCUCCUCCAGCACAGUGCCUUGACAAGGACCUGCAAAUCACUGCUGAACCAUGUUUAAAGAAAAGCCUGCCUUUCACAAGCUACCUUGGCCAGAAAUUCUAGGACUCUAAGAAGCUCCAAAAUGAAGCUAUUGAUUUAUUGUCUAGUUUCCUCAUGUGGUUUCUAAGUAAUGAGGUUUAUUUCCCCCGUUAAGAAAGGUGGCUCAUUGUUUUGCUUUUUGGACGUAAUCAAAUAUCCAAGAGUUGGUUUCUUUUUCUUUUUCCUGUAGGAUUUGUUUCCGACUUAGCCUUGAUCUCUUGCUUAGGAAGACUGUCUCUGCCCAGGUGCUAGUUUGCAGCAGCCCGUGUUUCUUGGUCAUUCCAGGGAGGCCGUACAUUUGGUUGGAGUUUACUGUCCUCACUUGCUCCUUCCACCCUAGGAAGUCCUUGAAUUGUGUCACCAAAGCGUUCGUCCAUCUGUCCUGGCUCUCACUACAUCCCACUCUAGCCAUCACUUCCCCCUGCAGCACAAGCUUUGCCACUCAUAAGUGCUAACUUUAGGACUUAGAACUUGUGAAAUUUGAUUUGCCUUGCCUUCCACUCCCUUUCUAGUGGUGACCAAGUUGAAAACCAGGUUGGAAACCACUGCUUUGAAGGAAAAGUUUUGCUUGUUUUAGAUUUUUCUGAUUUUAUCUUUGGUGGGAGCCAGGGGAUAUUAUAAGAUUUAUUUUAAAAGAAAAUCCUCAUUUUAGCCUAAGUCAUUUUUUAUUGCUUGCCAUAUGUGCCUUUGGUUAGGGUUAGUGGAGCUUUAUUAGUCAUUGUUUGAAUAACUGGAUAUCACUGCCAUUCCAGGGAGAUCAUCUAUCCUUGUUUUCAGGAAUAGUCUUUGAGGAGGGUUUCCUUAGUGGUAUCUUUUCUAGUGGGCAGAUCUCUUUAAGGAAGAUAAAUUCUGGAGUGCCAGCUUGUUUAAACAGUAGACUUGGUGGAUGAAGCCAGCUCUUCAGCACAAACAUCAUGUCAACUUGCUUUGGGCUGUGUGUGCCCAUGCAGGAUCCUGGUCCUGCCCCUCUCCCUUGUGGCAGCAGGGUGGCACGGACAAGCAGCUGCUAAUUGAAGACUCAGUGUUGGCUUAGUAACGCAUCCUACAGUGGACAGGGUGACAAGACCAUGGAACAGCUACCUGGGUUUUGCUAGGCAUUGCCAGACAUCAUCAUUAGGACAUAGUAGCAGUAAGAUUGCUGAUUUUUGGUAAAGAAUCACACUCACUUGUUUUUCCUAAUUAUGAAGGAGGUAUAUAUCUGAAAACGUUUAAAAUGUAUAAUAGCUAUAUAAAAUGUCAAGAUUAGCACAGUCCCUGGAUCUGAAAGAAAAGGUAGUAUUGACUUGGAUGUUCUCUGUGCCCUCUGAAGAAAGGUCUAGCAGUGGUUCUCAUUUACUAGAUUUAUCAGGAGUACCCUAAGAGGAUGUGAGUACUACGGAGGGUGGAGGAGGGUAGUACUCCAAAUAAGAAAAAAAACAACUCAGAACCAUAUAUGCAGGGGCUGGCCCGGUGGUGCAAGUGGUUGUGUGCGCGCGCUCCGCUGCGGCAGCCUGGGGUUCGCUGGUUCGAAUCCCAGGCGCGCACCAACGCACCGCUUGGCAAGCCAUGCUGUGGCGGCGUCCCAUAUAAAGUGGCGGAAGAUGGGCAUGGAUGUUAGCCCAGGGCCAGUCUUCCGCAGCAAAAAAGAGGAGGAUUGGCAGAUGUUAGCUCAGGGCCGAUCUUCCUCACAAAAAAAAAAAAAAACAUAUGCAAAACAUGAGCUAUUUGGUUUGAGUGCACACUGACCUACAGGUGAGACAUGUGAAAGAGCAGACUCAUGAGCGAGAGUUCUAGUUAGACGUUGUAACCCCAUUGCCUUCCCUCUGCCCAGAAGUCAGUCCUCCUUCCUAAGUACAGUGAGAUUAACCAUAUGCAGAGGCUGGGGAGAGGUGUUUGUUCUUCCUCCAGCUCCAGUCCCAAAAAUGAUUUAUGUGAUCCACUUAAAACUGGAAAUUGAAAUCUAGACUAGAAUAUCUUUCAAGAGCUUUUUAUGUUUUGAAAAUUCAUAACCCUAAGUUUGGUUACAUCUGGGAUAAGUUUGCAAAUCAAGGAAGAAAAAAAUAUAUAUCUUGAAGGUCCAGCUAUGAUUUCUGGAAACAGAAUUUCAACACAUAAUACCCUCAUAUAAGGGAGCUUAGACACUCUUUGCAGUGAGAGUAUUUUUAAUCUGAGAAGUUGAACGAUUCAUUCAGACUUUUGCAGUAAAACCAUUUGGUUGAGGUUUUCUGUAUUAGUGUGAAAGGGUAAGCCACUGAGAAGAUUUUCAGGGGGAACUUGUGAGCGACCCUGCUCAUUAGUUAUAUAAAAAAGAUCUGUAAAAAAGGUAAGAUUAAAAUGUGGGCAGGAGAGGUAAGGCGUGUGUGCCUUUUGGCUCAUUUUGCUCAAGCUUCAACUGUCAUGGACAGCACCAAGGUCCAUAGGGUUUUUAAUAUCUUUUGAGCCUUGGUAUGGAAUGAAGGUGUAUGGGAGGUUUCCUGUGACCACUAGCUCCCCCAAGAGCAAGAGCUCUUAAGCUGCUCGUUUAACAUACUUCAAGAGCUUUCCAAUCAUGGGUGACCAGGUUGUUCUUCAAUUAAGUGUGUUUGUGGGAUUUUCAAAACACAAAUGAAGUGCUUUUUAUGAAUAGGACAGCCUUGAUAAAUAUAUUUUGUAUUUAGAUGCCAAAAUGUGGCAAAUUAUUUUCAAAUGAUAACUAAAAUGAGCAUUUUUAAUAUUUCAUAUCUUUUAUAGAACAGCUAACUUUUCAUUUCUUUUUCAUUUUGAAUUAGGAAAAUUGUUGAGAAUGUUGUAGGCUUCUAUGUGUAGAAUGGAAAGGAAACUGCAAAGUAGUGUCCCCCUAGUUCUGAUGGACCACUCCCUGUGCCCCCAAAACCUGGGGUUAGACAUCUUCUCCAUAUUCCACACAGACGCCUAUCAGCAGCCAACUGGAGUGUGAAAAUUCUUCCUCCUCUUUCCCUAAAACUUCUCUCCUUCCUCUCCAAACAAAAGGGAAAGGAACCAAAGGAAAAAAAAAUACUCAAUUAUUCUUUCUCUGAAAAAGGUAAUUCCUUUCCUGUAAUCAUCAAACAAGCCUUACCUGGAAAUUAGUAUCUAAAAUUUAUAUGAAGAAAUACUUUAAUGUAUGUUUAUGCAGUAUUUAUUAGAUAGUUGUAACUGUAAAUUCACCUACCUAGUAGACGGAGUUUCAGGUUAAAUAUUGGGACAUGUACAGGCAAUCAAAAAUGUUACUUUAAAUGUCAUUCACCUAUUUUAAAGCCAUGUUUUAGCACUUUUUAGGCAAGGUAAAGUCUGAUAGUGCCUGUUUUUAUCUGUAGUCUCACAAACUUUGUUAUUGAAAAUUAUUGCAUGGCAGGAGAGAUUGAAUUCUUUCUUUCUUUUUUUGUUUUUUUGGGUGAGGAAGAUUGGUCCUGAGCUAACAUCUGUUGCCACUCUUCCCCUAUUUUUUGUAUGUGGGACACUGCCACGGCAUGGCUUGAUGAGCAGUGUGUAGGUCCGCACCCAGGAUCCGAACCCAUGAACCCCAGGCCGCUGAAGAGGAGCACGUGAACUUAACCACUACGCCACCGGGCCAGUCCCUGAAUUAUUUAUUUCUUAUAUUUUUAUAAGUGUAAAAAUCUCUCUAACCAACAAAUGAUUAAAGUUGUUACUGAUUGUUUUCUUAACUUACCUCCUAAGCAGAAUGGUAACAAAGGUUUUUUUCAGCUGAUUAAAUGCACUUAGCUAAUAAACCAAAAUUUAUUCUUUAAGAAAAAAUUAAACUGUGUGGAAUCUGGACAAGAUUAUGUUUCUCCCAGAAAAACAGGUUUCACUGUAAAUGGUUUUGAUGGACAAAAGUGUGACCACUUUUGAGAAAAAGUUAUGGUGGAUUUUUUUUUUUUUAAUUUUGUGAGAACCUCCAGGUCUUCUUGUUUAAUUUAUAUGCAUGUGGAUAUAUUUGUAUGUUUUCAAAAACAUGGAAGAAUCUCCAUAUUUUUAAUGCAGAUUAUCUUGUAAGCUGCUAUGCAAAUUCUAUUAAAAGCCCUACCUACUUAAAGAGUUAAACAUUUUUAAAGCUUUCAGGGAAGACCUGUAGACUUAAGCACUUUCUCUGCCUUUUUGUAUCUUAUCUUGGACACUUAACGCUGAAUUAUGUUCUUAUUAUUCUCACUGGUUAUAAGCUAUUGAUUGUACCUAAUAUUUAAACCAUCCAAAUAUCCAGCAUACAUUUCCACGUCGCUGCCAUCCACUGUUGACGCCAUGAAUGAAAUGGCUGGUCAGAAAGCCAAAGGUGGUCCUUUUUCAGUCCCUAAUGAAGAAGUAAAACGCCAGAUCUCUUUGGUCUCUAAGGAUAUUGCUCUGGUCAGAUCUGAAUAUCUAUGUAAGGAAAAGAGAGUUAUUUAAAGUGGGAAUUCUGCUUAGACUUUAAGUUAAAUUUGACUACAGUCAUAUUCAUUCUUUUCACAUAUCUCUAUCACGUAUAUUAUGUGCCAGGUGGUAUUAUAUUCUACCUUGAGUUUGGAAAUCUCUUUCAGUUAAAUUUGAAUUGUUACUGUCACUUUUUUUUCCCUCCUAAAGAUGAAAGCAGAGGAGUCUGCCAUCUGGUACCAUUCUCUCUCUAUCCCUAUUUUAAUUGCUUGGAAAUAUAGAAUAAUUUUGACUUUCUAUAUACUGUCUUUAAAAACUGACAGCAGGAGUCCCCGCCCCCCCCCCCCCGCCUUUUUUAAGUUAUAUCUUUCACUGUGCUGGGUAUAUAGACACUCAAUAAAUGUGUGAUGAUAGACAGUUCUAAAAUAAUUGUGCUAUAUAUCAGGAUUAUGUUUUUUUGAGCAAUACAGCUAUUCCUAUGGUGUAAUGAUAUUAGGUGAACUUUAUUUUACACUAGUAAAGGACUGCUUAAGUGA